AUGAGUGAUGAAUUCUAUAUUUCCAAAGAAUCCACAAUGACCGUUGCAAGGGAUAUUAAUCAACAUAUUUUCAAUCCGCAAUGCAUUGUGAAUACUUUAGGAGAAACCAUAGUGGAUCUUUUUGAUAUCGAUAAAGUAUCUGUAAGAGAAUCGAAAGUGACAGUGAAUAAAUAUCACAACAAAACACCGCAUCCUAUCAUUGCGAAUAACACCAAAAAUGCGUUCAAGAAUUGA